AUGUCAUUUAAAGUUACAUGGUGUGGAGCAUUCGUUGCGGCUUGUACACUUGAAAUAUUUAUUAUUUCAGUUCCAUUAUAUGUACAAAGAUUUAUGGGAAAUUAUGCAGGGAUUGGGUACCUAUAUAUAAGUCAAAUGCAUCAAGAACACGGUGUUGGAGAGCCAACUAGGCCUUUAUGUGGAAAUGAAACUGAUGAACAACAGCAUCAAUCAACGACUGAUGAAUCAUUUCAUGGAAAAAGAUGGUUAAAGAAACUAUGGCCAUCAAAAAUUACUUCAUCAGCAGAACAUGGUGGAGAACUAUAG